GGCUGAACCACCGCCCGGGCUCGUCUCACAGAAGCUCCGCUCGAGGCUCGGACAUGGAGCUGCUCUCCGCCUCCCUCCGCUGUGACGGAACCUCCGACUGAAGACUGCGGGUUCGUGUGAUGAAGGUCAGCUGGACCCUCCUGUAAGAAGAAGAGGAGGAAGAAGAGGAGCAAGAGGAGGAGGAGGCCUUCUGCUGGACCGAUGGCUCCAGAGUGACCGGCCAUGGCUCUCAUGAUCCCCCCCGUGAAGCUCAAAUGGCUGGAGCACCUGAACAGCUCCUGGAUCACGGAGGACAGCGAGUCCAUCGCCACCCGAGAUGGAGUCUCCGUGCUCUACUCCAAGCUGCUGGCCAACAAAGAGGUGGUGCUGCUGCCCCAGCAGGUGCUCUGCCUGAAGGGCCCCCAGCUCCCGGACUUUGAGCGCGAGUCCCUCUCCAGCGAUGAGCAGGAGCACUACCUGGACGCUCUGCUCAGCAGCCAACUGGCUCUGGCCAAGAUGGUCUGCUCGGACUCGCCCUUUGCCGCUGCGCUGCGCAAACGUGUGCUGGUGCUCCAGCGCAUCUUCUACGCCCUCUCCAACAAGUACCACGACAAAGGAAAAGUGAAGCAGCAGCAGCACUCCCCCGAGAACCACUCGGGCUCCACCGACCUGCACUCGGUCAGCGAGCGGCCGCGCUCCAGCACCGACGCCCUCAUCGAGAUGGGCGUCCGCACGGGCCUCAGCCUUCUGUUCGCUCUCCUGCGCCAGAGCUGGAUGAUGCCUCCCCCCCCCGGCCCUGGUGGAGGUCAAGGGGGAAACAUAAACUUGUGUAACGACGUCAUUCACACUGCCAUCGACGUGGUGAGCUCCCUGCCCCCCCUCUCUCUGGCCAAUGAGAGCAAGAUCCCCCCCAUGGGCCUGGACUGCCUGGCCCAGGUCACCACCUUUCUGAAGGGAGUGACCAUGCCAAACUCUGGAGCGGACAUCCUAGGGCGCCGCCUGGCCUCGGAGCUGCUGCUGGGCCUGGCCUCGCAGAGGGGCUCCCUGCGCUACCUGCUGGAGUGGAUCGAGAUGGCCCUGGCAGCGUCCGCCGUGGUCUGCACCAUGGAGCAGAACAAGGUGCUGCAGAACCAGGAGGGCCUCAUCGGCUAUGACUGUUUCAUGAACAUCCUCACGCAGAUGAGACGCUCUUUGGGCUCCUCAGCAGAUCGCAGCCAGUGGCGGGAGCCGACCCGGACGCCUGACGGCCUCUGCUCCCUGUACGAGGCGGCACUCUGUCUUUUUGAAGAAGUUUGUCGAAUGGCAUCAGACUACUCUCGGACUUGUGUGAGUCCGGACAGCAUCCAGACGGGCGAGGCCCCCGUGGUGUCGGAGACCUGCGAGGUGUACGUGUGGGGCAGCAACAGCAGCCACCAGCUGGUGGAGGGCACUCAGGAGAAGAUCUUACAGCCCAAGAUGGCCUCCAGCUUCGCAGACGCUCAGACAAUCGAGGCCGGUCAGUACUGCACCUUCGUGAUCUCCUCCGACGGCUCCGUCCGGGCCUGUGGGAAGGGCAGCUACGGCCGCUUGGGCCUCGGGGACUCCAACAACCAGUCAACGCUCAAGAAGCUGACCUUUGAACCCCACCGCGCAAUCAAGAAGGUGUCGUCCUCCAAGGGCUCUGACGGCCACACGCUGGCCUUCACGACGGAGGGUGAGGUGUUCAGCUGGGGUGACGGUGAUUAUGGCAAACUGGGUCACGGGAACAGCUCAACACAGAAAUACCCUAAACUUAUCCAGGGGCCACUGCAGGGGAAGGUGGUGGUUUGUGUGUCUGCUGGCUACAGACACAGUGCUGCAGUCAGCGAGGAUGGAGAGCUGUACACGUGGGGUGAAGGGGACUUUGGACGAUUAGGUCACGGUGACAGCAACAGCCGAAACAUUCCGACGCUGGUGAAAGACAUCAGCAACGUGGGCGAGGUGUCGUGUGGCAGCUCCCACACCAUCGCCCUGUCCAAGGAUGGACGCACUGUGUGGUCGUUUGGAGGCGGAGACAAUGGGAAACUUGGUCACGGUGACACUAAUCGAGUUUACAAACCAAAAGUGGUGGAGGCCCUGCAGGGGAUGUUCAUCAGGAAAGUGUGUGCAGGGAGUCAGUCGUCUCUCGCCUUAACCUCCACUGGCCAGGUGUAUGCUUGGGGCUGUGGCGCCUGCCUGGGCUGCGGCUCCUCGGAGGCCACAGCGCUCAGACCCAAGCUCCUCGAGGAGCUGGCCACCACCCGAGUGGUGGACAUCUCUAUCGGAGACAGCCACUGUCUGGCCCUGUCCCACGACAAUGAAGUAUACGCAUGGGGCAACAACUCCAUGGGCCAGUGUGGCCAGGGGAACUCGACCGGGCCGAUCACCAAGCCCAAGAAGGUGGUGAGCCUGGACGGGGUCGCGGUUCAGCAGAUCUCAGCCGGCACGUCUCACAGCCUGGCCUGGACCGCGCUGCCCAGGGACAGGCAGGUGGUGGCGUGGCACAGGCCGUACUGCGUGGACCUUGAAGAAAGCACCUUCUCCCACCUGCGCUCCUUCCUCGAGCGCUACUGUGACGGGAUCAACAGUGAAGUUCCUCCUCUGCCCUUCCCCUCGUCCAGGGAGCAUCAUACCUUUCUCAAGCUGUGCCUUCGGCUCUUGUCCAAUCACCUGGCUCUGGCUCUGGCCGGGGGCGUGGCCACCAGUAUCUUGGGUCGGCAGGCGAGGCCCCUGAGGAACCUGCUCUUCAGACUGAUGGACUCCUCCGUGCCCGACGAGAUCCAGGAGGCGGUGAUUGAGACUCUGUCUGUGGGGGCCACGAUGCUGCUGCCCCCGCUGAGGGAGAGGAUGGAGCUGCUCCACUCGCUGCUGCCUCAGGGCCCGGACCGAUGGGAGAGUCUCUCCAAAGGACAGAGGAUGCAGCUGGACAUCAUCCUGACCAGUCUCCAGGACCACACCCACGUGGCCUCGCUCCUGGGUUACAGCUCUCCGCCCGACGGCCCAGAGGGGAUCUCCUCUGGGCCGGGUUUCACAGCCCCCCCGGAGCCGGGCUACAGUGCCACAGCAGAGCACCCCGACACCCACCUGGCUGAGAUCCUCAUGAAGACGCUGCUCAGGAAUCUGGGCUUCUACACUGACCAGGCCUUCGGGGAGCUGGAGAAGAACAGUGACAAGCUGCAGCAGGGCACCUCCUCCUCCGACAGCAGCCAGCCCGCUCACCUCCACCAGCUGCUGUGCUCCCUGCAGAAGCAGCUGUUAGCCUACUGCCACAUCAACUCAGCCACUGAGAACUCCAGCAGUGUGGCUCUUCUUCACAAGCACCUGCAGCUCCUGCUGCCUCACGCCACAGACAUCUUCUCCCGCUCGGCCACGCUGAUCAAGGAGAGCUCCUGGAACGGCAGCAUACGAGAGAAGCUUCAAGAUGUGCUCUACGUGUCGGCAGCCGGCAGCAUGCUGUGUCAGAUCAUCAACUCCCUGCUGCUGCUCCCGGUGUCGGUGGCCCGGCCUCUGCUGAGCCAGCUGCUGGACCUGCUGCCUCCUCUGGACCGGCUCAACCGCCUGCUGCCUGCUGCGUCUCCUCUGGAGGACCAGGAGCUGCAGUGGCCUCUUCACGGUGCAUCUGACUCUGCUGAGCCAGCCUCAGGAAUGUCCCUGCCUCAGCCGGCGCUGUGCUGGGUCUGGCUCGUGGACCUGGAGAGGACGGUGGCCCUGCUGGUGGGCCGGUGCCUCGGGGGGAUGCUGCAGGGAGCUCCGAGCUCCCUGGAGGAGCAGGACACCGCUUACUGGCUCAAAACCCCCCUCUUCAGCAACGGCCUGGCCAUGGACCUCCCCCAGCUCGACACCUGCAUCAGCUCCUUGUUGGACGCAGCGCUGUCUGGGAACGAGGAGCAGAAGCCCUUUGACUGCACUCUGCACCCGGACUCCAGUGUCCUGGUGGACCUGGCUCUGGGUUCCUCUAAAGAACCUGCCAACAGCCUCUGGAUCAACAUGCAGGACUACGCCAUGAGCAAAGACUGGGACAACGCGUCUCUCAGUAAUGAGUCCCUGUUGGACACUGUGUCCAGGUUCGUGUUGGCGUCCUUGUUGAAGCACACAGGGAUGCUGAGCCAAGCCUGUGGAGAGGGAAGGUACCAACCGUCUAAGUCUCUGGCUGAAGUCUAUCGCAGUGUUUACAAGGUCCGGAACCGUCUGCUGGCCUGCAAGAACAUGGACUUCAUCCAGACCCGCUCAUCUUCACGUGAGAGGAGGAUCUCAGACAACCAGGACUCUCUGGACUUGGACCCUCAGGAGAACUCGUUCACACGCACCAUCGACGAGGAGGCGGAGCUGGAGGAGCGAGCCGACCGCGAGAGAGAGGAGGGUCAUCAGGAGCAAGACGAUGAAGAGGAGGACCGGGAGCAUGAAGUGAUGACAGCUGGAAAAAUCUUUCAAUGUUUCCUCUCAGCACGGGAGGUAGCUCGCAGCCGGGACAGAGAGCGGGCGAGCAGCAGCACAGGCCUGGGCUCCGGCUCUGUGUCCAGGAGUGGAGGAGGAGGAGGAGGAGGAGGAGGAGGAGGAGACGAGGACACCGUUCUGUCCCAGGAGGGGAGGAGGGGCAGCUCGGGGCUCCCAGAGGGACAGGACCUGUACACGGCCGCCUGCAACUCGGUGAUCCACCGCUGUGCCCUGCUGCUGCUGGGGGUGAGCCCUGUGCUGGGCGAGCUGAGCAAACAGAACCAGGAGGAGGGCCCGGCCCAGUCGGCCACAGGAACACACGAGUGCCUGAGCUUCAUGACCAGGAGUGAGAGUCUGAGUGCAGAGAGCCGCUCUGUGCAGAGCAGCCCGAGCUACAGACUGAUGAAGUCCAGGAGCGAGUCGGAUCUCUCCCAGCCCGAGUCAGACGAAGAGGGCUGCUCUCUGAGUGGACGGAGGAACGUGGACCUGGACUUGGCGUUCUCACACAAAAAACGAGGCCUGCUCCACAGCUCCCCCGACUCCCUGGCCGAGUCCUGGUUCAGGGCCAAGCUCAGUCGCCAGCGCAGCUACAGCUCGGCCUUCUCCUACGAGGAGUCGGACCUGGACCUGAGCCGCUCCCUGGGCGUCUACGCCCUCAUCGACAACAUGGUCAGCUACAUCAGCGGUGACGUGGGCCUGGCUCCGGCCUUCAAGGAGCCCGAGGAGAGCAUGUCCACCAGCCCUCAGGCCACCAUCCUGGCCAUGGAGCAGCAGCAGAGCAGAGCAGAGUUGCGGUUGGAGGCUCUUCACCAGAUCGUGGUGUUGAUCUCCGGCAUGGAGGAGAAGGGCAGCCAGCCCGGCGGCACCGACCGGCCCAGCGGCGCCUUCCAGUCCUCCUCUCUGCUCACCUCGGUCCGGCUGCAGUUCCUGGCCGGUUGUUUUGGCCUCGGCACCGUGGGCUCCGGGGCGCUGAAGAGAGAGAGUGUGCAGCUGCACCACUACCAGGAUGGUGUGAAAUCCGCUAAGAGGAGCCUGCAGAUUGAAAUCCAGACAGCCGUCCACAAGAUCUACCAGCAGCUGUCGGUCACGCUGGAGAGAGCGCUGCAGGCAAACAAGCACCACAUCGAAGCGCAGCAGCGCCUCCUGCUGGUCACCGUGUUCGCCCUGAGUGUUCGCUACCAGCCAGUGGACGUCUCCCUGGCCAUCUCCAGCGGGCUGCUCAACGUGCUGUCUCAGCUCUGCGGCACCGAGACCAUGCUGGGCCAGCCGCUCCAGCUGCUGCAGAAACCUGGAGUGUCUCAGCUCAGCACGGCCCUGAAGGUGGCGUCCACGCGCCUGCUGCAGAUUCUGGCCAUCAGCACUGGAACUUAUGCAGACAAGUUGAGUCCUAAGGUGGUCCAGUCUCUGUUGGACCUGCUCUGCAGUCAGCUGAAGAACCUGUUGUCUCAGGCUGGAGUCAGUCUCCAGUCCUCUGGAAAAGACCAAGACGACAACAAACAGCAGGACAGUGCAGACUCCGAGAAGAAAGACCUGAGAGCUGUUAUUCGUAAGCAGCACACUGCAGAGCUGCACCUCGGGGACUUCCUGGUCUUCCUCAGGAGAGUUGUGUCCUCCAAGGCCAUCCAGUCCAAGAUGGCCUCCCCCAAAUGGACCGAAGUGCUGCUCAACAUCGCUGCACAGAAAUGCUGCUCAGGGCUCCCUCUGGUGGGGAACUUGAGAACCCGGCUCCUGGCGCUUCACGUUCUGGAGGCGGUUCUGCCUGCAUGUGAGGCCAAUAUGGAGGAUGACCAAAUGACACAGGUGGUGGAGCGUCUCUUCUCUCUGCUGUCCGACUGCAUGUGGGACGGUCCCAUCGCUCAAGCAAAGCACUCGAUCCAGAUCAAAGAAAAAGUCCAAGAGCUCAAACUACAGGGAGAGUCCGAGGAGGAGGACGAGAACCUUCCCAUUCAGGAAGUGUCCUUCGACCCGGAGAAGGCCCAGUGCUGUGUGGUGGAGAACAGCCAGGGGCUGACGCAUGGCAGCGGGGGCAAAGGCUACGGCCUGGCCUCCACCGGGAUCUCCUCUGGAUGUUACCAGUGGAAGUUCUACAUCGUGAAGGAGAACCGAGGCAACGAGGGCACGUGUGUCGGGGUCUCCCGAUGGCCCGUGCACGACUUCAACCACCGCACCACGUCGGACAUGUGGCUGUACCGGGCCUACAGCGGGAACCUCUAUCACAACGGAGAGCAGACGCUGACGCUCAGCAGCUUCACUCAGGGAGACUUCAUCACCUGCGUCCUGGACAUGGAGGCCAGAACCAUCUCGUUCGGCAAGAAUGGAGAAGAGCCGAAGUUGGCCUUCGAGGACGUGGACGCCACGGAGCUGUUUCCCUGUGUGAUGUUCUACAGCAGUAACCCAGGAGAGAAGGUUAAGAUCUGUGAUAUGCAGAUGAGGGGAACGCCACGGGACCUCCUCCCUGGAGACCCGGUCUGCAGCCCCAUGGCCACGGUUCUGGCCGAGGCCACCACUCAGCUGAUCCGCAUCUUACACCGCACUGACCACUGGACCCAUGGUAUCAACAAAACCAUGGUGGAGCGCCUUCACAAGAUCAAGGUCUGCUUCAGAGAGUCAGCCGGAGCAUCCGGCGGCAGCGGAGGCUCGAGACUGAAGAAGAGCCGCUCGGUGCAGAGCCGCGAGGAGCACGACGCCCAGAGGGACAGCCAGGACACCACCCCGAGGACGGAGGAGGACAGGGGACGCCACGGACGCCAGCACGGCCUGGGGGAGCUGUCGGAGCACCACCUGAGGACGCUGUGCACAGAGGUGUGGCCGGUGCUGGCGGUGAUCGGGGGGGCGGAUGCAGGCCUCCGUGUCGGUGGGCGAUGUGUUCACAAGCAGACCGGACGCCACGCCACCCUGCUGGGCGUGGUGAAGGAGGGCAGCACCUCCGCCAAGGUGCAGUGGGACGAGGCGGAGAUCACCAUCAGCUUCCCAACUUUCUGGUCGCCUAGUGACACUCCGCUGUACAACCUGGAGCCCUGCGAGCCGCUGCCCUUCGACGUGGCUCGUUUCCGUGGCCUCACCGCCUCGCUGCUGCUGGACCUCACCUACCUCACCAGCAUCCACGAGGAGCCCGGAGCCAAGCUCGCUGUGCGACGUCACGACAGGAAGCAUCGCAACGCCGCGUCGACCGGGCAUGAGCCGGCCGCCGCCGAGGACAAAGCAGACAACGAUAGUCACAACCGAAAUGAACAAAGGGACGGGGCCUCGCCUGCAGCCGCUCCCCACGCCUCGACCUCUGACCUGCGAGUGUCCCACAGCCUGGACGAGGUGAAGGCCCACGCGGCGCCCAACUCGAAGUCAGAGAGCGAGAUCUCCUCGGUGGGCGGCGGCGGUGGAAAUGAGCCUCUGUUCUCUGCUGCUCCUCACAUCCCCGUGGAGGGGAACAGGAAGAAAGGUCAUGACCCCGGCCUCCGCGGCCAUGAGCCGCCGCCUCCCUCCGUGGCCACCCAGUCGGAGGUCCACGCCGUGCAGCUGUCCUACCUCUACCUGGGAGCCAUGAAGACCCUCAGCGCUCUGCUGAGCUGCAGCAAGUACGCUGAGCUGCUGCUGAUCCCGAAGGUUCUACCGGACACGGCGCCGAGCGGCCACAACGCUGAUCUGAACGCCAGCACCAGCGGGGGCGCCGCUGGCAGCUCGCCGGUCUGCCCUGAGGAGGCGGAGGUGCGGGCGGCUCUGCAGUUCCUCAUGCGCCACAUGGUGAAGCGGGCGGUGAUGCGCUCGCCCAUCAAGCGGGCCCUGGGCCUGGCGGACCUGGAGAGAGCCCAGGCCAUGAUCUACAAGCUGGUGGUGAACGGGCUGCUGGAGGAGCCCAGCGGGGGGAAGGUCAAGCCUGGCGUGAGGAGUGAACCGGAGGGGGAGGGGGAAGGCACGGAGGGGGAGCAGUUGGCUCAAACCCCGGUCACCACCAGCCCCUCGGCCUCCAGCACCACCUCCUUCAUGAGCUCCUCUCUGGAGGACACCACCACCGCCACCACGCCCGUCACAGACACGGAGACCGCCCCGGCCUCGGAGUCUCCAGGAGUGAUGCCGCUCAGCCUCCUCAGACAAAUGUUCUCUAGUUACCCGACCACCGGCCUGGGCCCGGCCCGGCGAGCCCAGACCCCUCCGGUGUCGUCUCUGCCGACCUCCCCCUCCGAGGAGGUGGGGCGCCGGCAGAGUCUCACCUCCCCGGACUCCCAGCCCAGCCGGCCCCAGAACAGAACCGGUACCUCUCUGUCCGACCCCAGCAGCCGACUGUCCACGUCCCCCCCCCCUCCUGCCAUCGCUGGGCCGCUGCUGGAGAUGGGCUUCUCCCUGAGGCAGAUCACCAAAGCUCUGGAGUCCACGGGUGCACGAGGAGAAGCAGAUGCUCAGAACAUCACGGUGCUGGCCAUGUGGAUGAUCGAACACCCGGGCACCGAGGACGAGGAGGAGCCUCACACCAGAGGCAGCGACGGCUCCGACUCCUCGUGUCCGGGGGCCACGGCUUCUGCUGGAGGCAAAUCUCUGGACCGGAGCUCGUUCCUCUGCUCCCCCGGAGAAAUCACCAACGCAGACGCUGCGGAGAUGGAAGAGGGCUUCAGUGAGAGUCCCGAGGCUCUGGAGCAGGACAGUGCCUCGGCCUCCAGCGGCGUGGCCCUCAGAGGACGCUCUGCGGCUGGAAGGAAGCAUCGCUUCGACCUGGCUGCUCGAACCCUCCUAGCCCGCGCUGCUGGACUGUACCGCUCGGUGCAGGCCCACCACAGCCAGUCGCGUCGGGAGGUUCCGUCCCUUCAGCAGCAGCAGGACCCGGCGGCUCUGUACGACUUCAACCUGGACGAGGAGCUGGAGAUGGACCUGGACGAGGAGACCAUGGAGGCCAUGUUCGGCCAGGACCUCGCCAGCGACACCGACAUUCUGGGAAUGUGGAUCCCGGAGGUACUGGACUGGCCAACAUGGCAUGUGUGUGAGACAGACGAUCGGGACGAGGUGGUGGUGUGCGAGCUGUGCGAGGCCAACGUGGCCAACUUCAACCAACACAUGAAGAAGAGCCACCCGGGCUGCGGCCGCAGCGCCAACCGCCAAGGCUACCGCAGCAACGGAGCCUACGUGGACGGCUGGUUCGGGGGGGAGUGCGGCAGCGGGAACCCGUACUACCUGCUGUGUGGAGGCUGCCGGGAGAAGUACCUGGCCAUCAAGAGCAAGGCCAAGGUCCCUGUGGUGGAGAGAUAUAAGGGACAGGCUCCGGACCUGCUGGGGAAACAGGACAGUGUCUAUGAAGAGGACUGGGACAUGCUGGACGUCGAUGAAGACGAGAAGCUGACCGGGGAGGAGGAGUUUGAGCUGCUGGCCGGCCCGUUGGGUCUGAGCGAGCGCAGGGUCGUCCCCGAGGCCGUCCAGUUCCCGGACAGCGACCCACUGGGAGCCUCCGUGGCGAUGGUGACGGCCACCAACAGCAUGGAGGAGACGCUGCUGCAGAUCGGCUGUCAGACCUCGGUGGAUAAGAGCUCCUCGGGCAGGGUGACCCUCGGGGAGCAGGCCGCCGCUCUGCAGAACCCACAUGACCGCGUGAUGGCGCUGAGGAGGGUGACGGCUGCAGCCCAGGUGCUGCUGGCCAGGACCAUGGUGAUGAGAGCCCUGUCCCUGCUGUCCGUCAGUGGCUCCAGCUGCAGCCUGGCAGCCGGACUGGAGUCUCUGGGUCUGACGGACAUCAGGACUCUGGUCAGGCUGAUGUGCCUGGCGGCAGCGGGCCGGGCCGGCCUGUCCACCAGUCCCACCGCGGCCUCGGGGCAUGCGGAGCGGCCACGUGGAGCCAAGGCGAGCAAACCCAUCUCCUGCCUGGCGUACCUCAGCACCGCGGUGGGCUGCCUGGCCUCCAACAGUCCCAGUGCUGCCAAGCUGCUGGUGCAGCUCUGCACUCAGAACCUGAUCUCUGCAGCCACGGGCAUGAACCUGACGACCGUGGACGACCCCAUCCAGAGGAAGUUCCUGCCCAGCUUCCUGCGCGGCGUGGCCGAGGAGAACAAGCUCAUCACCUCGCCCAACUUCGUGGUGACCCAGGCGCUGGUGGCUCUGCUGGCAGACAAAGGCUCCAGACUCCGGCCGGCCCAGGACAAGGCCGACCUGGAGAAGAGAGGUCUAAUUGCGCAUUUCUAUGCCCAUCCUUACCAUAACCCCCCCGCUGUAGGCCCUCUGGAACUCGCCAACGCCCUGGCGGCGUGCUGCCUGUCCUCCAGGCUGUCCUCCCAGCACCGCCAGUGGGCCGCCCAGCAGCUGGUCCGCACACUGGCCGCACACGACCGCGACAACAACCAGAGCCGGCCGCAGACCUUUGCCGACAUGGCAGGAGACCUGAGGAAGUGCUCGCUCAUCAAGCUGGAGGCUCAUCAGAGCAGGGUCAUCACGUGUGCGUGGUGCAGUAACAAGGCCCUGCUGGCCACCAGUGGGAACGACGGCACGGUGCGGGUGUGGAACGUGACCCGGAGCCAGUACUCGCUCCAGCAGACCUGCAUCUUCAACAAAGAUGAUGGAUCCUCGGAGGAUGGCGUGUCGGGCUUGGGAUCUCCCAGUGAUCCCAGCUUGUCUCCUUUGGCCUGGAGCGUCACUGGCAAAUUUAUGGCUUCUGCCAUCGACAAAAUGGUCAACAUCUGGCAAGUUAAUGGUGGCAGAGGCCUUCUGGACGUGCAGCCUCACUGGGUGUCGGCUCUGGCUUGGCCACAGCAGGAGGUCCAGUCCCUGUGGUGCGGGGAGCCCAAGGACAUGCUGCUGGUGGGACGGAUGGACGGGUCCCUGGGCCUCAUCGAGGUGCUGGACACGGGCACCAUGCAGCGCACCGAGCUGGAGCACUGCUACCGCAAAGACGUGGCCGUGAUGCACAUCGCCUGGUUCGGUGAAGACAAGCCCUUCGCUGUGGGCUACGCCGACGGGAAGCUGCUGAUUGGUUCCAAAGAGCCGUUAGAGAAGGGAGCCAUCGUGGUCAUUGAUGCACACAAGGAGUCCAUCACCAGUAUGAAGUGGAGUCCCACCGGUCAGGUCCUGCUCACCUGUGCCAAAGAGGAGACGGUGAAGCUGUGGGCGAGUCACGACUCCGGCUGGCGCCGCCUGCAGAGCCUCAGACACCCGUCCGUGGUGAACGGCGUGGCGUGGUGCGGCGUGUCGGGACGAGGGCCGAAGCCGCUCAGCAUGUUGGCCAUAUGCUGUCAGAGCGGCCUGGUCACUGUCUGGACGGUUCCUCAGGACUCAGCCAACUUCCCAGAAUCCUGUUCCUCUGACUCGGGGGGAUCGUGGGACAACGAAUCGAAACCAAAAUUCAUGUCUUCCAGGCGCUCGGCGGAUCGAGCCACGUGUGUCUUCCAGCUGAAGGGUCACAUCACUCCGGUCAGGACGCUGGCCUUCAGCCCGGAUGGUCUGGCUCUGGCAUCUGGAGGAGUGGGAGGCCUCAUGAACAUCUGGUCCCUGCGGGACGGCUCGGUGCUCCAGACGGUCGUAGCCGGGUCGGGGGCGAUCCAGAACAUCGUCUGGAUCCCAGAUGUGGGCGUCGCCGUCUGCUCCAACAGGUCCAAGGAUGUGCUGGUGGUGAACUGCUCCAAUGAGUUCAUGGCGUCCACCCACGUGCUGGCCACCUGCCGCACGGCCCUGAAGAAGCAGGGCGUGGUCGGCCUCAACAUGGCGCCCUGCAUGAGGGCCUUCCUGGAGAGGCUGCCCGUCAUGCUGCAGGAGCAGUACGCCUACGAGAAGCCCCACGUGGUCUGUGGGGAGCAGCUCGUCCACAGCCCCUACAUGCAGUGCCUCGCCUCCCUGGCCGUGGGUCUGCACCUGGACCACCUGCUGUGUCGCCCCCCGGUGCCACCUCUGCUCCGACACUGCCCACCAGAGUCCGGCACCGCCGUCUGGAGCGCCAGCGAGUGGGCGUGGCUUGACUGCUUCUCCACCACGGUCAAGGCGGCGGAGGCGCUCGCUCGAGGGGCCACCUUCCCCGAGUCCUUCUCCGUCCCCGACCUGGAGCCGGUGCCCAAAGACCAGAUGGCUCUGCUCAUGGACAAUAAUAAAUGGGCGUCUGGACUGGAUGAACAGAUCAUGUCCUGGGCCACCUCGAGACCAGAGGACUGGCACCUCGGAGGGAAGUGUGAUGUCUUCCUGUGGGGAGCCGGGCGCCAUGGCCAGUUGGCGGAAGCCGGCAGGAACAUCCUGGUGCCGACCACGGCUCCCUCGUUCUCUCAGGCUCAACAGGUGGUGUGUGGGCAGAACUGCACCUUUGCGAUCCAGCCCAACGGGACGGUGCUGGCCUGCGGAGAAGGAAGCUACGGGCGCCUGGGCCAGGGGAACUCUGACGACCUGCACGUGCUCACGGUCAUCUCAGCUCUUCAAGGUUUCGUGGUGACCCAGCUGGUGACGUCCUGCGGCAGCGACGGUCACUCCAUGGCGCUGACGGAGAGCGGCGAGGUGUUCAGCUGGGGCGACGGGGACUACGGGAAGCUGGGCCACGGGAACAGUGACCGCCAGCGCCGCCCCCGGCAGAUCGAGGCCCUGCAGGGGGAAGAGGUGGUGCAGAUGUCCUGUGGGUUCAAGCACUCGGCCGUGGUGACAGCCGACGGGAAGCUCUUCACCUUCGGUAACGGAGACUACGGACGACUGGGGCUCGGAAACACGUCCAACAAGAAGCUCCCGGAGAAGGUCACGGCCCUGGAGGGCUACCAAGUGGGACAGGUGGCCUGUGGGCUGAACCACACUCUGGUCAUCUCCGCUGAUGGGAUGAUGGUCUGGGCUUUCGGUGAUGGGGACUAUGGGAAACUGGGACUUGGUAACUCCACAGCCAAGUCGUCCCCUCAGAAAGUGGACGUGCUGUGUGCGAUCGGGAUCAAGAAGGUCGCGUGUGGAACUCAGUUCUCUGUGGCGCUCACCAGAGAUGGAAAGGUCUUCACGUUCGGCCAAGACCGUCUGAUUGGCUUAGCCGAGGGCCGAGCCCGGAACCACAACCGGCCCCAGCAGGUCCCGGCCCUGUCGGGGGUGCAGGUCCAGGACGUGGCUGUCGGAGCGGAGCACACGCUGGUGCUCUCGUCCACGGGGGACGUCUACACCUGGGGCAGCAACUCUGAGGGACAGCUGGGUCUGGGUCACACCAACCACGUCAGAGAGCCCACGCUGGCACCGGCACUGCAGGGAAAGAACAUCCACCAGAUCUCUGCCGGCCGCUGCCACAGCGCCGCCUGGACCGCCCCCUCGGUGCCGCCAAGAGCUCCAGGCUCGUCAGUUCCUCUCCAGCUGGGUCUGCCCGUGGUGGUUCCUCCUCAGUACAGUGGGCUGAAGGAGGUGAGCAUGGAGGCGGUGAGGGCUCGCCUGCGCCUCCUCUACCACUUCUCCGACCUCAUGUACUCCUCGUGGAGACUCCUCAACCUCAGCCCCAACAACCAGAGCUGCACCUCCCACUACAACGCUGGGACCUGGGGGAUCGUCCAGGGCCAGUUGAGGCCCCUGCUGGCCCCCAGAGUCUACACCCUGCCCAUGGUGCGCUCCAUCGGAAAGACCAUGGUGCAGGGGAAGAACUACGGCCCCCAGAUCACCGUCAAGCGAAUCUCCACCCGGGGACGUAAGUGUAAACCCAUCUUCGUGCAGAUCGCCCGUCAAGUUGUGAAGCUCAACGCCUCGGACCUCCGGCUGCCCUCCAGGGCCUGGAAGGUGAAGCUGGUGGGGGAGGGGGCGGACGAUGCAGGAGGAGUCUUUGACGACACCAUCACUGAGAUGUGUCAGGAGCUGGAGACGGGGGUCGUGGACCUGCUCAUCCCCUCCCCCAACGCCACAGCAGAGGUCGGCUACAACAGAGACCGGUUCCUCUUCAACCCGUCGGCCUGUCUGGACGAGCACAUGCUCCAGUUCAGGUUCAUGGGGAUUCUGAUGGGAGUGGCCAUCCGCACCAAGAAGCCUCUGGACCUGCACCUGGCUCCUCUGGUGUGGAAACAGCUGUGCUGCAUCCCGCUGCUCCCGGAGGAUCUGGAGGAGGUGGACCUCCUCUACGUGCAGACGCUCAAGAGCAUUCUUCACAUUGAAGACAGCGGCAUCACCGAGGAGAACUUCCAUGAGAUGAUUCCUCUGGACUCGUUUGUCGGGCAGAGUGCAGAUGGUAAGAUGGUUCCCAUCAUCCCCGGAGGAACCAGCAUCCCCCUGUCCUUCUCCAACAGGAAGGAGUACGUGGAGCGAGCCAUCGAGUACCGGCUGCACGAGCUCGACCGGCAGGUGGCGGCGGUGCGGGAGGGCAUGUCGUGGAUCGUUCCGGUGCCGCUGCUGUCGCUGCUGACGGCCAAGCAGCUGGAGCAGAUGGUGUGCGGGAUGCCGGAGAUCUGCUGCGACGUGCUGAAGAAGGUGGUUCGAUACCGGGAGGUGGACGAGCAGCACGCCCUGGUGCAGUGGUUCUGGCAGACGCUGGAGGAGUUCUCCAACGAGGAGCGAGUCCUCUUCAUGCGCUUCGUGUCCGGGCGCUCGAGGCUGCCGGCCAACACCGCCGACAUCUCCCAGAGGUUCCAGAUCAUGAAGGUGGACCGGCCGUACGACAGCCUGCCCACGUCCCAGACCUGCUUCUUCCAGCUGCGCCUGCCGCCCUACUCCAGCCAGGCCGUCAUGGCCGAGCGGCUCCGCUACGCCAUCAACAACUGCCGCUCCAUCGACAUGGACAACUACAUGCUGUCCCGCAACGUGGACAACGCUGAGGGCUCGGACACGGACUACUGACAACACAGACACGCACAUGCAUUACUCAUAAGGGCCCAGGAAAGGCCGAGCACAGACUUAUCUUAUUCACACACACACACACACACACACACACACAGACGAGUCGUCAGCACUGCAUCAGUCGUAGGGAACUCCUGAGCAAUGACCACUUUUUACCAUUGAUCUUCUUCAACAGCACAGAUCUUCAUUUCUCUUUGUGGUUUAUUAGAAAUCACAUGAGAAGUGAUUUAGUGUUGAUUUGUUUUCCAUUACUCCACAUCCCAUUUCCAGGGUUUCUGCAUGGAGGUUCUGUUCCUCUGUUUGAAAUGUGUAUAGAAUAUUCAAGUGCGUGAUGCUGCAGGAAAAGAAAGAAUAUUGUACAUUGUGUAAAAUGCUUCAUUAGGAAAAUGUUUUGCAUAAUAUCCAUAUUUAUUGUUUUCAUUGCCUCUGCUGAGUUUCCACAAGCAACAACAAUAAAUGAGAAAUGCUGCAUAAUG